AUGUGUCAUCAGGGAGAGGACUGAAAAAAUGCCUCACUGACUCACUCAUCAGGAUACACUCUCAUACCCCUUUGCCCACUCAGACACUCUUUUCUCUAACUCCAUCCAUCUACAAAGGGAGGAGACAUUUGUUGGUGAAACCAAGGUUGAGUGUAAGGGACAACUGUCACACACACACACACACACGCACACACACACGUUGCUCAAAGUAUUUAUUACCUACACAACUCAGAGGUGCAGAGAUAUCAGGGGAGCACAGAACAUUACACAUCGAGGACAACACACAGGACAAAGAACAGUGGCACAGAAAUCUUGAGUUUCAAAGAAAUUUAAAGAUUUAAAGAUGUGGAAGAGAUCAAAAGUUACAGAUCAAACUGCCACAGGGCAGGGUGGAACAGAGAAUCAGCCUCCCAAGAAAAAAGGUACCAAAAGGCGAUCAAAGGUUCCUGGGGUUAUGAUUACACAGUAUGUGGAGGAAUUGCCAGAGGGGAAAUCUACUCCUGAUUUCACCCGCAAACCCAUUGCUUUGACCAUUCAAGAAGGUAAAUUAGCCAUCUUUAAAGCCAAAGUGAUUGGAGAACCCAAGCCCACUGUGUCAUGGAAGAGAGCGAAAGGAGAAAUGAAUGAUCCAGAAAAGUUCCAGAACAAAUAUGACCCUGUAACUAAUGAAUAUACUUUAGAGAUACCUAAAGUAAGUGGUGAAGAAGCUGACACAUACAAAUGCUAUGCUGUAAAUGAGUAUGGAAAAGCAGUCUGUACUGUCAUCCUAAAUAUCAUUGAAGUUGGAUUCAAAAAGAGUAAAGAAUUUAAAAAGACAGCCGAUUUGGAGGAUCCAUCAGAGUUCAGAAACAAGCUUAGGAGAAGUGUUGGCAAAAAGGUUGUUGAAAAAAAGGAUGGAGAAAUUGAUGAGGCAGUGUGGGAUCUGUUACUGUCUGCUGAUAAGAAAGACUAUGAGCGUAUUUGUGCUGAAUAUGGCAUCACUGAUUUUCGUGGAAUGCUGAAGAAACUGAAUGAGCUGAAGAGAGAGCGAGAGCAAGAACAGGCCUUGUUCAUUCAGUACAUCAGUAAUCUGAGACACCUUGAAGUGAAAUCAGAAAAUUCAGCAACUUUUGAGCUGGACAUGGAACUCAAGGACCCUAACAGUCGCAUUUUCCUCUAUAAAGAUGGUGUCAUGGUUCCAUACAGCAAAGAUUCAGAAAGUGAGAUGAAACACUACUUGAAGCAAGUUGGAAAAAAGUAUGUGUUCACAGUGAAAAAUCUUAGUCCCGAGGAUGCUGGUAUUUAUCAAGUGGAUGUGGAAGGAGUCAACGUCUUCUCAACAGAUUUCAAGAUCCCCCCUGUGGAUUUUCUGGUGAAGAUUCAGGAAGUGAAGGCUGAAGAAAGAGAAGAUGCCAUAUUUGAGUGUGUGACUUCUCUACCUAUGAACCAAAUUUUAUGGACACUGAAAAAUAAUCCAUUAUCUAAUAGUGAUAAAUAUGAGAUUACCGUUUCUGAGGACAAAAUGAUUCACCGUUUGAAAGUCAUUGACUGUAUGCCUGUGGAUGCUGGAAUCUAUUGUGCUGUGGCUGGCAUAAAAUCAUGUAGUGCCUGGCUUGUGGUAGAGGCUAAUAAAGAUCCUGCCAUGAAAGGUAAAAAGACAGCCCGCAAGACUACACAGGCUGGUGGCAGUGGAGUUGACCUGGCUAAACUGGCUGCUGAACAGCAAGAUAAAAACAAGAAGGAGAUGAAAGAUGCUAUGGAAGCAGCUAAAAGAGCUAAGGCUGAGCAAGAUGCUGCUGCAGCCAAAGCCAAAGCAGAAGCUGAAGAUGCACUGGCAGCAUCAAGGGCUGCUGCAGCUGCAAAAGCAGCAGCUGCUGCUCAAGCUGCUGAGGCUGCACUUGCGUCCGCUAAAGCUAAAGGCAUAUCAGAGAAAGAUGCCAAAGCCCAAGCUGAAGCAGCGGCUGCAGCUGCAGCAGCAAAGGCCCAAGCUGAAGCUGAAGCGAAUGCCAGAAAGUUGGCUGAGGCCAAGGCUAUGGAAGCAGGGAUGAGUGCAAAUGACAUUGCUAAGGCAGGAGCAGCAGCUGCUGCUAUGCUUAAUGAAAAUAUAGCUGCAGCAGAGGGACUUGGACUGGGCGGAGCAGGCAUGGGUAGAACAAAGGGGGAUGCAGGAGGUUCUGAUCUUGCAGGAGGUGCCAAUGCUACAGGAAGUUCUGGUUUUUCAGGAGGUGCUGAUCUUUCAGGAGUUUCUGGUCUUGCAGGAGGUGCCAGUCCUACAGGAGGUUCUGGUUUUGCAGGAGGUGCUGGAGGUGUGGGUCAAGCAUUGAAGGAAGGUGCUGAUGCUGGGGCUGUAUCUGGUGCUAAGUUUAAGAAGCAUGAAAGAACAGAAAUGGAUGACACUGUCAAAGUUAUGGUAGGAGAACCAAGUUCACCUGAAGUUGCCCCAGUAAAGCAAACUGGACAACCAGAACAGAGUGAGGAACAGCCAGAACAGGAUGAGAAGGAGCCAGAGCAGACUGAAGAACAGCCAAAACAGGCUAAGAAACAAACUUGUGUCAGGCAAGGCCCACUACUGCCAGACACAGUUACUGUUGGAGGCAACCCACAUGGUAACCCGAGCAGUAACCCAGGUCAUAAUCCAAGUGGUAAUCCGGGUCAUAAUCCAAAUGGUAACCCAGGACAUAAUCCAAGUGGUAAUCCAGGUCAUAAUCCAAGCGGUAACCCGGGUCAUAAACAUGGCAGUAACCCUGGUCAUAAUCCAAGCAGCAACCCAGGUCAUAAUCCAAGCAGCAACCCGGGUCAUAACCCAAGUGGCAACCCAGAUGGUAAACUAAAUGGUAAUCCAGAUGGCAACCCAAGUGGCAAUCCAGGUGGCAAUGGUGACAAACCCGAGGGCAGCGAGGGGGCUCCGCCUGAUGGUGAGGCCACUGAAGGCACAAAAGAAGAUUUAGCCGCGGCUGGCAAGCACUCAGGCUGCACAAGACAAGGUCCUCUGCUUCCAGAGGCAACCACUGAUCCUGGUGUUCACUUCACUGCUGGCCUGGAAGACUGCAGGACUAUUGUAGGAGAGGCAGCUGAGCUGGUCUGCAAACUCAGCAGUGCAGAUUGUAAGGUGCUCUGGUACAAAGAUGGAAAAGAGAUUUCUGAUUCUACUGAGGGUAUGACUAUCAGCAAAGAUGGUGCUACUCAUAAACUGAAAAUCCACAAAGUAUCAGAGGAGUUUGCUGGAAAAUAUAAAUUAGAGGCUGAUGGUCGUAAAACUGAGGCUAUGAUACUUGUUGAAGAUCCACCAAGAUUUGCUACAAAAGACCUUGAGGAAUUUGCCAAACCAAGAGUGGUCAAAAAUAAUCAUAAAGCUGAAUUCAAAAUACCAUAUAUUGGCUGUGAGGCCACUAAAAUACAAUGGUAUAAAGACGGCGAGGAACUUACAACAGAUGCAAACUGUAAGAUUGGAACUACUGAAAACAGCUGCCGUUUGUCUCUCAACAAACUACAGCGCAAAGACACAGGGGAAAUUAAAAUAAAAAUAAAAAAUGAGUUUGGCACUAUUGAAGCAACUACUAAUCUAGUUGUUCUUGACAAACCCACUCCACCUCUUGGACCUCUUGAGAUAGUUGAAGCUUCCUUGAACUGUAUUGAGAUCAAAUGGCGCCCACCAAAAGAUGAUGGUGGCUGCCCUAUCACUCAUUAUAUCCUUGAGCGUAAUCAAGUUGGACGCAACACCUGGAAGAAGAUUGGACAGAUUCCUGGGGAAGCCCAUUACAAAGACACUGAUGUGGAUCAUGGUAGAAGGUACUGCUACCGCAUCAGAGCUGAGACCUCAGAGGGUAUCAGUGAGGUAAUGGAGACAGAAGACGUUCAAGCUGGGACUAAAGCAUAUCCUGGCCCACCAUCUGCUCCUAAAGUGAUCAGUGCCUUCAAGGACUGCAUCACCUUGUCAUGGACCCCUCCAAGUCACACUGGAGGAACCAACAUUCUGGGUUACAACCUUGAAAAAUGCAAAAAGGGCAGUAACGUGUGGAGCCUUGUACAUCCACCAGAGGAACCAAUCAACAGCAAGAAAUAUGCUUGUAAAGAUGUUGUCCAGGGCAUGGAGUAUGAGUUUCGAGUUUCUGCUAUCAACAUAUCUGGAGUUGGUGAACCAAGCGCACCAUCAGAGUUUGUGUUUGCUAGAGAUCCUAAAAAACCUCCUGGUAAAGUAAUUGACCUUAAAGUAACAGGCUCCACAUAUAACCAUUUGUCCCUUUCUUGGACAAAACCAAAAGAAGCAAAGGGAGAACAGGAUGAAGCUAAAGGAUAUUUUGUUGAAAUUAGACCUGCAGAGAGCACAGAAUGGAAUCGCUGCAAUACCAAUGCCAUUAUCAUGACCUCCUACACUGUAAAGGGACUGAAAUCAAUGGCCAUGUACUGGGUGAGAGUGAUAGCUGUGAAUGAAGGUGGAGCUGGAGAACCUCAGGAGCUCAAUAACUAUAUUCUAGCUAUGCCUCCUCCUGUGAGACCAAGGUUCACAGAUGCCAGGAUAAAGAGCUUCAUGAUAGUCAAAGCUGGAAACUCAGGACGAUUCACUAUCAACUAUGUGGCUUCUCCAUGGCCUGAGGUCAUCUGGCUUAAGGACAGCAUUCCUGUCUCCAAACGUGUCACUGUUAGCAAUGCUGAAGGACGCUCUCAAAUCCUGAUUCCAUCAGCUGAGCGCUCUGACAGUGGAAUCUAUACCAUUGUAGUAAAGAAUAUUGUCGGCCAAGAGACCUUCAGUGUUGAGAUCAGAGUCACAGAUGAGCCUAAGCCUCCAGGGCCUGUGGAACUAGAAGAGAAUGUACCAGGCACUGUGACAAUCACUUGGGUGGCCUCACCAGAUGAAAAACGAGAUGAUCGUCUGCACUACAUGGUGUCCAAGAGGGACUCCGUUAAACAAUCCUGGCACACAAUGGCUGAUGGCAUCUUCAACAACAGGUUCACAGCCUGCAACAUCAUGCCAGGGAGAGAGUACCAAUUCCGUGUCUAUGCCAAAAAUGACAUGGGACAAUCUGCUCCCUCUGAAUCGCCAAAGUGGUUCAUUGCUGAAAAGAAAGAGAAGUACAUUGUAACCCUGCCUGAGUCAAAACACUGCAACCUGGAGGGUCCUCCUAAAUUCCUAGUGCCCCUGAAAUUGCACUCAGCUCCGCAGGGCUAUGAGUGCUACAUGAGCUGUGCUGUGAGAGGCAAUCCCACCCCACAUGUCACAUGGUACCGCAACAACAUCAAUAUCAACACAGACACCAACUACUACAUCACCAACACGUGUGGUGUCUGCUCCAUGCUCAUCCUGAUGGUGGGUCCCAAAGACACAGGAGAGUACAAGGUCAUUGCUGAAAAUCCAUUAGGUAGAGCAGAGUGCUCCACCAACCUGACAGUCAGAGAAUAAAGCCACAGCUGGAUAAAGGCAAAAAAAGGCUUCUCCUUUAAGUCUUUAUAAUUUCGUUUCAGCUAAUUGUAGAAGUAACAUGUGCAAUUCAUAAGUGAUAUCUUUAAUAUGCUUGCUUUUUUUGUUGCAUACAAUGCAUUUCCAUGAGGCUGUUGUUUUUGUUGUUAUUAGGGGCCAAGCACUUCAGGUUUGGCACACAUAUAGAGGACAGUCUGAAAUGUUACCCUAACAAAUUUGGAGUUUCUGUCUCAAGCCCUCUAGCGCCACCAACAGGUCAAAUUUCCACUCAUGUUUAUGCUAAUAAUAUUUGAACCGUAAGGGCAAGAAAAAAAAAUUCCUCUGAUUCCUUGGCUUGUGCCCAGUCAAGAUUUUCCACCAUUUUUAAUUUUCUGAGUAACCUACUUUUUCUAACUCAUCCUAGACAGUUUAUCCGAUUUUCUCCAAAAUUGAUCCAGAUCAUCAUCAGACUAUGCCAAAUUCCAUAACCAUCCAAAAGUUAUGGAAUUCAAGUUGAUUAGGCAAACCAUUCUCAAUGUAACACGGAAAUGAAUUCGAUGGUGAGCACGCCAAAAUGGACAUGAGGCUAUAUCUCCAUAAUGCUUUAGCGUAUUCAGACCAAAUAUAGGAUGUCAUACUCAUCAUGACUUAAAAGUACCUGCAAAGUUUUGAACACUAGUGCCACCUAGUGUUCAUGAAAUAUGGAAAAAGCAUAUUUUUGCUUUUAAAUUCUGAGUGGUUUGUCAUAAAAUCAUGACCAUUCUAAAAUAAUUCUUGCUUAUCUCCUUACUUUGCCUCUGUUGUGAUUGGCCCUGUAAUUGCUCCUUGCAGCUGUAUUUGUUAUUGUUAUUGUUGCUGCUGCUGAUUUACAGUACACCUGAUAUUCAAUCUUCACAUCCUUUGCUAUACUUUGUUUUACUUUGAUUAGUUUUCAAGUUAAACUUUGUAUUGUUUUGCUAAACAGUGUGUUUACUACUUGCUAUUUAUUUAUUUUCCCCCCGAAAAACCUAAAUUAUUUAUUGUUAAUGAAUGUCGUUUGUUGUUUGAUUUCAAAUUCUGAUACACUAAUGUUUGCUAAUACUGGCCACAGAGAAAAAUAAAAAACAAUAUAGAGAGUAUUUAAAGCAACAUUUUACCUUAAAUGAUGACAAGAAAGUUGGCAUAAAUAAAUUAUUGAAGUUGAUAAGGUGGCCUAUGAAUUAUUUACUGUAAUUUAGCAAAUUAACUGAAUUUAUUUGUAUCAGCAUGAGCAACCUAUGCAUGAGCAGGUACGUAAUCAUUGUUAUAGUUGCCGUUUUCCUGCUUGUUAUGAUUGCCAAAUACAAGUAUUAUACAAGUAUACUAUUGUUUUGAACUCUGUUAGUGUAAUGCAUUGUAUUAGUACAUGUGCAAUAAACUUCAGAAAGGAAGACUACAAUAAACAUAUCUUUUCUUA